AUGAAUAAAAGCAAGAUAUCUAUGUUAUUUUUUGAUAAUAUUAAAAGUGAACCCGAACCAUAUAGUGAUAUACCACUAGAAAGAUGUACAAUACAACAACUAAAAGCUAAACAAAAAUUUCUUGAAAAAAUAAAUAUAGAUUUAAUAACAGAAUGUGAAGCUUUAGAAAUGUUUAUAGUUAAAAUUUGUCCUGAAUUUGCUGAAACUCUCACAGAUUCAUCUUGGUUACCUUUUGAUUUGGAACAGAAAAAAAUUCAUGUUGUACAAGAAGCACCAAAAUAUAUUCGUAAGGAUUUCAAACAACGAAUGUCAAUAAUAUCAGAUAUAUCAGGCAGCAUGUAUCAUGUAGUCAGAAGAGUACACUUAACUAAACUAACAACAAAACAUAAGACACCAGUAUUAAAAAAUGUUCUUGACACAAUGAAUAUGGAUUAUGAUAAACGUUACAAAGCAUUACUUAAAGUAUCUAAAAAAUUUAAUAAUAUAUAUGAAGAAUUAGAAAUUCAGUGUAGUGAAAGCGUAAAAGCUAUUGAAAAUUUCAAGUAUGUAUCAUAA